AUGAAUGCAACCCAUUUGUCUGAUCCUGUUUUGUUUACAAGAUUACUUGUUUUUAGUAUCAUACCCUUCUUCCUAAUAGUGGGACUCGUUGGUAACAUAUUUGUGAUAUAUAUUUAUGCCCGACAGUCCCAGAAAAGCAAUGUAGAAGCCUUCAUCCUUGUGCUAGCAGUGAAUGAUCUGAUUGGAUGUAUCUUUGGACUGCCUCUGGAAAUGGCUGAACUUUACUCUGCAAUACAAUCAGAAUAUUUGUGUAAAUCAUACAAGUUUGUUGUCUUCGCCUACUGUGUCGUGUCGUCCUUGAUUCUGUUUACCAUUGCUGUUGAAAGAUUCAGAAAAAUAUGUUGUCCACAUGGCAAACAAAUUACUCCGAAACUACGGCAACCUCUUAUCAUUUUCAUAACUGUAAUAUCAGUUGCAUUGGUACUGCCAGUUCUGUUUUACUUUGAAGGUUUUCCCUUCAUCCAUGAAAACAAGAUAUACAUGAUAUGUGGUUGUGACCUCAGAAGGUCACCUCUCUGGUAUUAUGCUCUGGCAACAUUAAUUAUUUACAUUAUGCUUCUCUUGACCAUGACUGUACUUUAUUUGUUUGUUCAGAAGACCAUUACUCAGCGUUUCAGGAAAAGGCAAGGUAAAGAAGCAGCUUCGCAAACAAGAACGAAUCAAUCGCACACAAACCUUGUUCUUGUCUCAAUCUCCAUUUUGUUUUUUGUCAGUUUUUCACUAACCCUUAUCUUCUUUGUCGUAUAUCCAUACUUCAAAGAUUCUAACUUGUUGCAGAUAUUCAAGGUAGUUUUCUAUCGUACUUGGAUACUGAACUCAUCUUUAAACCCCAUGGUGUAUGGAUUUUGUAACAAAAUAUUCCGCAAAAGUUUUGCAAAUAUAUUUACUAGGAGUAAAAGUGCCUUUGAAAUGGAAGAGAAUCUUUAA